AUGGCCAGUACUACCAGUGUCUCUCUUGUUCAAACCCAAAACGUUGCCGGUUCAAACUCCACCUCUGCUUCCAACUCCACUUCCUCUUCUAGUGCUAAUGCUGUUAAAAUUAAUGGUCAAGACAACUGGAAAAUCAUCGCGAUCUUUGCCGGUUUCCUCGGUGUUACCACCAUCUUGUCAUCUAUGUAA